GAAUCUCCAGUCGAUCAAUCAGGCGAGAAAUAUACAAGGAAAUUCAGUUUGGCAGGAAGUUCUGGCUUGGAGGAAUUGAAUCCGGAGCCGGACGAGGCACCUAGAGAGAAAAAAAGUAAUACGAUAUAUGAAACCUCUGAAGAAUUGAGAGCGAAACUUGCUAAAGUCAAAUCAGUAUUCAGUUACGAACUGGCUUUGAGACUCGGUAAAAUAAGAGAAUGUGCGACAGCAGCGGAAGCAGAACGUAUGACAGCAACGGCAGUAUCAGAAAUAUGUUCCACGGCAACCCAGGCUGAGAAUGGGAAGAGACAUAUUAAGACACGUAGUACUCAAACGGACGGACCGUCAUUUGAUAGUGGGAUUGGUUAUUCAUAUGUUUAUCAUCCUUCUUGGAGAUAUAUGGAGAAAGAAAUGAACCGACUUGCGCAGUAUAUGGUACAUAUGCGCAGGUUCAGAUUUUAA